GCCAGCAAAUGGAGAGCUUAUGGGGAGAUUCAGGCAACAAAAGAAGCGGAUAAUCUGUUUUUCUACUCUUUCCAAUCGGAGACACAAAGAGAUGCAGUCUACGACAUGGAACCUGGGAAAUACACUGGUUUCCCUGAAAAAAUGGGAUGGCGAGCAGAAAGCAGAAGCAAUAGAUAUCCAAACCGUCACCCUCCGGGUCCAGAUGCAUGACCUACCCCAGUCCCUCAAAGAUGAAGAAUCCAUUCAAGCGGUGGCAGAUUUCAUCUUCCUAUACUACUAUGGUAUCGACCAGUCGAACUUUGAUUUCCGAGGUUGGCUAAAGUUCAUAAGGGUCAAAGUCGAAGUGGAGCUCGACAAACCAGUCCCGAUUGGUUUCGAAUACCCCCUGGGUGAAAGGUCCAUCAGGGUUAGUUUCAAGUACGAAAGGAUUGUUGAUCUGUGCUAUUUCUGUGGAAGACUAGGUCACCCAAUCCAAAACUGCCUUGACAGAGAAGAUCAUCGCAGAAGAGGUUUGAACACUGACCCGUCGGAAGUUUACACGACAGCACUGAAGGCAGGCCACGAUUCGCCGGCAAACACGCCGCCGUUAUCAUUUCGCGAAAAGCAGGCCAAAACGAGACAAAUGGAGAGAGCUGACACAAGGGCCCACUGCCUUAGAGGAUCAUCUAGUGAAUCUUCGCUGAUGUCGAUAGUGGGGCGCACUGGUCAAGGAUCAGCAUCCUGCCCUCCUGGAUUUGCAGCUCUGGAAUCUAAUCCACCGGCCACGAUGAGAAACAACGAGUGGAUCCAGAGAGGCGUUGUCAGAAGCCCCACACUGACUCUACAAACCGACUUUAUGGAAGAAGAAAUGGAGGCGGCGACGAUAGCGAUGCAGAGGAGCCUCGACCUAACUGGAGGAGAGGCGACGAGGAGCAGACAAGCGGGCCUCAUCGAAAUGGGCCAGUCACUCUCACUUGCAAGCCCUUCACUCACACAAGCCCACUACCCACAGGUCCAAAAAGAGUGGGCCAACCAGCAGGCCCAGAUUGAAACAAUAGAGCAAAACCCAAUCGCAACCAUGGAAAGCCUAUUGGCGCAAGCUGCUGAGGAAAUAAGGCCCAGACCGGAGAAAAAAAGAAAACCAGAAAAGAGGGAUACUCCCACUAUAUCCCUGCCGCUGAUGGGCAUUCCCACUAACCUUUCCAUGGACUAUAUUUCUUUUUCACCAGGUGGAAGCAGGAAAACAUAUCAGAGAAGGAGGCAGGUUAUAAGAAGAAGGAGUAUCGCGGAGAUCAAUGCUGAUGGAGAGCAGUCCGGGGAAGGGGAAUCGACAACACCGAAGGAAGCGGAGGCGAGCCUUAAGCCGCCUCUCCAAGAAUGAGGAUCAUUAGCUGGAACUAUAGGGGGUUUGGCCAGCUCCUUACAAGAAGUUUAUGCGGCAGACUGUGUCGCAAGUUCGGCCCUUCAAUGUUAUUCUUGAUGGAAACUAAGAAGGAUGAUUCCUUCCUUGAAGAAAAAAGGAGAGCUUUGAAGUUUGACCACUCGAAAUAUGUGAGCCCAGGAGUGGAAGGCAGCGGUUUAGCGUUGUGGUGGAAGGAUGAUAUCGAAGUUAGUGUUCUUGACUCUUUUAAGUCCUAUAUGGACGUUAGUGUGUGUAAGGAUGGUGUGGUUUUCUUAUGCACUUUCAUCCAUGCCCCGACCACAGUGGUUGAGCGACGGGCCCUUUGGGAUCGACUUACGACCCUAAGGAAUUUUCAGGAUGAGUAGUGGCUGCUGGUUGGUGAUUUUAAUGUGGCGUUGGUGUCGUCUGAAAAACAGGGGAGAUGCCCCCUCAGGAAUGAAAAUGUCGAGCCUUU